CGAACGAGCUGGGGAGAGAGAGAGAGGAGCAAUUAGAACUCCCAGCAGCGAGGUUAAACGUAUGGAUUUGGUGCACGAGGAUGACCACAAGAGAACAGGUACUGUGUGGACAGCUACUGUUCAUGCUGUAACGGCUGUGAUCGGAUCAGGUGUACUAGCAUUGCCAUGGAGUGUUGCUCAAAUCGGGUGGAUUUUUGGGACGCUUGUGCUUGUUAUCUUUGCAGUCAUCACCUAUUUCACUGCCAUUCUUCUUUGUGACUGCUACAGAUCUCCAGAUCCAGUUAAUGGAACGAGGAACCGCACGUACAUGGAUGUAGUACGAGCAUGUCUGGGCAAACGAGAUGUAUUUGUCUGUGGCAUCGCUCAGCUCAUCAUUCUUUGGGGAACUAUGAUUGGGUACACUGUAACAGCUGCCACAAGUAUAAUGGCCACGAAACGAUCAAACUGUUUCCAUGAGAAAGGGCAUGAUGCGAAGUGUGAAACAUCAGGAAAUUCAUAUUUGAUCAUAUUUGGGGGAAUAGAAAUCAUAUUGUCUCAACUCCCAAGCUUGGAGAAAGUAACACUGCUUUCAGUGAUGGCGGCUCUUAUGUCCUUAGCUUACUUGUUCAUCUCAAUGUACUUGUGUAUGGUAAAAUUUGCUUCCAAGCCCAAGUUUAGAGGGAGUUUAACAGGAGUUAAGAUAGGAUCUAAGGGCAUCACUCCAGCCACAAAGGUUUGGCAUUCUUUCCAAGCUCUAGGGAAUAUUGCUUUCGCCUAUACCUUUUCCAUGCUUUUGGUUGAAAUCCAGGACACGCUGAAAUCUCCUCCGCCAGAGAAUAAAACAAUGAAGAAAGCCAGUCUAUAUGGUCUUGGAAUAACAACAUUCUUUUAUGUGUCUCUGGGUUGUCUGGGGUAUGUUGCAUUUGGAAAUGAUGCCCCUGGAAAUGUUCUUACUGGAUUCUAUGAACCAUUCUGGCUUGUCGACAUUGGGAACAUUGCUGUCCUCGUACACUUGAUUGGAGCUUAUCAGGUAUAUUCACAACCUAUCUUCCAUUUAUAUGAGCAAUGGCUGGCUUCAAAAUAUCCUUCAGCUGGAUUCUUCCACAAUGUGCAUACAAUACGAGUACCCUUUACAAAGGCCCGUAGGAUAAAGUUUACACAAUGCAAGAUUCUUCUUCGGACAUUGUUCUGUGGCUUUACAACCUUUGUGGCUAUGGUAUUUCCAUUCUUCAAUGCAAUUUUGGGAUUGCUUGGUUCGGUUGCCUUUUGGCCGUUGACAGUGUACUUUCCCAUAUCCAUGUAUAUGCAACAAGCAAAGGUCAAGAGAGGAAGUUACAAAUGGGUGCUUUUGCAGAGCUUGAGCAUGUUUUCUCUGCUUGUUUCACUUGUUGCUGCUGUUGGUUCAGUUGCAGGUAUGGUUGAUCAAUUGAGGCAUGUUGAACUGUUUAGCAUUAGAAUCUAGAUGUCAUCUUCUUUGUUCUCCAGCACUGAUCUGAUCCACAUGUCUAACGUACCUUAAAUUGAGCAAUACUUUCAUUCAAUUAGUUCUAGUAGUGAGAAAUGAUUUUGAGGGUCCAUAAUUUAACAAUGGCAGUGAAAUGGGAUUCAUGUAGUUGGGACAUGACUUUGUUGAGUUGAGUUGAAUAUCAAAUGAAUAACAAUUCUAAAUGUUGUCAA